AUGGCUGCAGCUAGGUUUAGAAUGACAGAAAAUGUCCCUUAUAUUUGCUGUUUAACAUUGUUAAUGAAGAAUUUAGUACAUACUAGAGUUUCGCCAGCUAUUCCGAAGGAACUUCUAUGGUGGUAUAAAUCUGAUCAUCAUUGUGCAUUUUAUCAAGGUGCACCCAGUCAUGAUAUUGAAAAUUGUGUUGCUUUGAAAGCUGAGGUGAUAAGACUAAUGCAAAUUGGUAUUUUGUCUUUUGAAGACUUUGGUUCUAAUGUGCAAGCGAAUUUGUUGCCCAAAUAUGGUGGUGCAUCUGUGAAUAUGCAUGAUCACGUUUCUUGUCAUAUAUGUUCAAGAAACCCUCGAGGGUGUCCUGUAGUGAAGAGAUAUUUGAAAGAGAUGUUGGAUCAAAAUCUUAUUCAGAUUAUGAGAGACAAGGAUGAAGAUGAGCAUGAUGUAAAUGUCAUAAUUCCCCAUUUCAAUAUCCCAGAACCCGUUGUGAUUGCCUCCAGUAGUCAAAAGUCUGGCGUUUCUCCUUUGGUUAUUCAUUUAACGGGUCCUACGCCUUAUGAAUCUGAUAGAGCUAUCCCUUACAAGAAAAAUUCUACUAUGUUGGAAGAUGGAAAAGAAGUCCGUAUUCCUUCCUUUUCUUCCGUUACGAAUAUUGUUGAUGUAAGUGAUGUGAUCCGAAGUGGUCAAGUAUCUGCUUCCGAGGCUCCUAAAAGAAUUGAAGAUGCUUCUGUGGAAUCUCACAUAGCGGCUUUGCAUAUGCUCUUGGAGAAAACCUAUAUGGAUCAUGAUGUAACAAUUGGUCAAUUAGAUGGCAUUGUCUCCAACAUUACUGCAUGUAACAACUUGAGUUUCAGUGAUGAAAAAUUGCUCGAGCAGGGGAGGAACCAUAAUUUAGCUCUGCACAUUUCUAUGAAUUAUCAAGAACAUGCUCUGUCCAAUGUGUUGGUUGACAUUGGCUCUUAUCUGAAUGUUAUGCCGAAGUCUACUAUGUAUAAGCUCUCUUAUCCAGGUGCUCCGAUGAGGUUCAUUGGAAUUAUUGUGAACGCCUUUGAUGGCUUAAAGAAAACUGUGAUUGGAGAGUUGUCUCCUGGGUCAUCCAUGGAUUUACGAAGUUGGAGCAGUGACGUCAACUCUCCAUCAGAAGUUGACAUUUAUGAAAAAUGGAAAGUUGGUGAUUGUGGGUGCGAGCAUGCCAUAUUGGUGAGCCAUCUCUCUUUGUUAUUGUACAUUGAUGCUGACGAAGUCGUAGGAACUCCAUUUCAAGCUCUUUAUAUCAUUAAUAAUGCUGUUAAGAAGAAUGGGGAAUCCAUGACUUAUUUGAAAGACACCCGACAAGUUGUGGAGAAUGGUCAGUCUGUUGGAUGGGGUCAAGUUGUUGAACUUGCUGAAAAUAAGAACAUAGUUGUUUUAGGCUUCUCGCCUGGUUCAACCCAUAAAGAUUUGAAGUGUACCCAAGAAGUUUUUCACAGUGUUGGUUUUAUCCAUUCCAAAGAUCAAUCUGCUACUGCAAUCCUGGAAGAUGAUCAAGAGCAAGAAGCCCCAAUCUUUGUGACGCACGAAGUGAUGUGCCAGAAUUGGAAUGCUGUUGAUGUUCUCUCUGUUACUCACUUGUCAAAGUAA